AUGGAUGAGUUACGAGAGCUUUAUAGUGUAGAGAAUGAUGUUCCGAUAGUAGCAAAGCUUGAACCGUCUGUUGACUGUUAUCAAACGCAAGUAAGUUUUAAGGAGUUGGUUCUGUAUGGUAGCGUUUUCAAGAAGAAUAAGGACGAGCUGAUCCAGAGGUUACGAGGUCUUUGCGACCCAGGGUCAGUAGAAUUUAGCGAGCACGAAAUGGUUUUUAGUUUGAGAACAGGACAAGACCCGGACGUAACAAUUCGACUUAGGCGAAAAUUUGGUUCAGAUGCGAAUAGUUAUUUAUGGCAUUUCCGGUACAUUGGUUCACCAGAGCCAGAUAACUUAUGCUCUACAAUAGUUAGGAAGUCGAUAUCGUCCUUAGUUUUUUCGCAUAACAUGAUGGAAUUUGUAAAAACGUUGGGUUUGAGAAUGGAUUACGAGUACAUAGCGAAAGGACAGCUAUUUACGAAAGGCAGCAUCAAGAUUCUAAUAAGUAACAUAACAAAAACAGAAAAAACUGGCAAUUACGAGCCAAAUGUGCUGAAACCAUUAUCAGAUUCUUUACUGGUUGAAAUGUCUUGUGCAUUACCGGAAACUGUUGGCUACCAGCAUACUGCAAAAGUGAUGCGUGAUGUUGCAGACCAAUUGUUGCCGAUAUGUAACAUGCAAAAAGUUGAGUACUGGAAACGACCGAUGCCAUAA